CGUGGUGCGUGGUACGUGAGUGCUGCGGUGAGUGGUUGAAUCAAGUGAACUUCGUUUGUGAUAGAUCCGUACACAGUAGGUGGUCCCCUCGUGGACCUCCCUUCCUUACUUGUAUCUUUGGCUCGGCUCAGCUCUUUGCCCCUUCCCCACCCCCAUUUCCUUAUUUGACGAGUUUGGCGGCCAGGGCCCCUAGACUCGGGCUUUCGCCUCUGCCCUGGCUGCCGGUGGGUCUGGGGUAGGGGCUUCCGACUUUUCGCCCCUUCUGCAGCCUGGCUCCCGUGGGAUCCGGCCCCUUUUCAAGGACAGUUGUGAUCCACGUGAGUCAACUGGCCGGUCUUCUUUGUGCAUUUUCCUCAGGUUCGCGGACUGGAAUAUAACAGGCAACAGAGGGUUCCUUCUCUGUCCCCUCGUCCUGGAACUUGCGACCAAGGUUGGAUGUCCCCAUAUCCUUGUUUAAUGGAGAGAACUCAACCAAGCUUCGUUGCUGCUAGCCCCAGAAGCAUUUGAUUUGUCUGUGAGAAGCUGAAAAUCAUCUUUUAGAAAGUUGCGCUUCGAAUCUCCGCCCCCUACCCCCAAAUCCCUUAAAUAUGCUAUAGAAGUUGGGGCUUUUUGAACAUCUCUCUCACAAUCUGGUGCUGAUUUAACUGCAUAAUGACUUUCUAUUUCACUGGUAUUCGAAGCUUUCCUAAACUUUGGAAGAGCAACCCAUACCUUGGGCUAGGCCCAGGUCACUCUUCUCUCUCUCUCUUUCUCAAAGACUGUUAUGGCAUCAGGAACCAAGAGAAGUGGUUUUCUCUUAAAACCGUGUCUCCACAAAAUGCCAAAGCAAUGAAUCUGCUGAUUGCCAAAGCCAGAUAUGUCAGGAAAAAAGAUGAGGGCAGUAAUAAGCAAGUUUCUGCUGAUUCUCCUCACAUGUUUGCAGCUGGAGCGGCUAAGAAGAGAUCGCAGAUGAAUCCUCCGAGUAAAGAGCACGUCUUGCCACCUGUGAAGAACAUUUUUCAACUCCCGACAAAACCUUUGAAUUCAGAGGAGUGGGAUAAACUUAAGGAAGAUUUCAAAGAAAAGGCUAACUUUGAAAAUUGUAUCAUUUCACAGAUGGUUAAAUGCCAUAGCUCUGUCGAUGUGGCCAAAUCUGUGCUGGCCUGGGUAGCUGCAAAAAACAAUGGUAUUAUAGGCUAUGAUUUGCUGGUCAAGUAUUUGUAUCUCUGCGUUUUUCAUAAGCAGACAUCAGAAAUUACUGAUGUCUAUGAAAUCAUGAAAGCCAGAUACAAGCGUUUAGAAUCUGGAGCGUACACUCUUCUCAUCCGGGGAUUAAUCCAUACAGACAGAUGGAGAGAGGCCUUGCUGCUGUUAGAGGACAUCAAAAAAGUCAUGAUUCCUUCAAAAAAGAACUAUAGUGACUGUAUCCAGGGAGCCCUCUUUCAUCAAGAUGUAAAUGUAGCUUGGAAUUUGUAUCAGGAGUUGUUAGGUCAUGAUAUUGUUCCUAUGUUGGAAACAUUAAAAGCCUUCUUUGAUUUUGGAAAAGACAUGAAAGAUGAUCAGUAUUCAAACAAACUGCAAGACAUUCUUUUGUAUCUAAGAAAUAAUCAGCUAUAUCCUGGGGAGUCAUUUGCACACAGUAUAAAAACAUGGUUUGAAAGUGUUCCUGGAGAACAAUGGAAAGGACAGUUCACCACAGUCCAGCAAAGUGGUCAGUGUUUGGGCUGUGGAAAAACUGUAGAGUCUAUUCACCUGAGUUCAGAAGAGUAUGAAUUUCUCAAGGAAAAAAUCAUGAGGGAUGUGAUAGAUGGAGGUGACCAAUACAAAAAGACGACACCUCAGGAACUUAAGAGAUUUCAGAACUUUGUAAAAUACCAUCCUCCUUUUGACAUUGUCAUUGAUGGGCUCAAUGUUGAAAUGUUUCCUAAAGCUCGUGAAUCUCAAGUUCUCUUGGAUGUGGUCUCUCAACUAGCCAAGCAGAAUCUUCAAGUGCUGGUCCUGGGCCGGAAGCAUAUGUUAAAGCAGAAUUCCCGGUGGAGGAAGGAUGAUAUGGAAAAGGUGCAAAAGCAAGCCAGCUUUUUUUUUGCUGACAACAUCUCAGAGGACGAUCCAUUCCUUCUGUAUGCCACACUGCACUCGGGGAACCACUGCAAGUUUAUCACAAAAGAUCUGAUGCGGGACCACAAGGCCUGUCUGCCUGAUGCCAAGACCCAACGCUUGUUCUUUAAGUGGCAGCAGGGACAUCAGCUGGCAAUUGUUAGUAGGCAUCCAGGAUCAAAAAUAACUUUUCAGCAUAUUCUCAUCUAUGACACCGUGGUGCAAACAACGGGAGACUCGUGGCACAUACCUUACGAUGACGACCUGGUGGAAAGAUAUUCCUACGAAGUGCCAACCAAAUGGCUUUGCCUUCACCGGAAGACAUAAAGACUCUUACCCUCACGCUAAACUUGUGUUUGGGUGUCCUCCUGGUUGGCAUCAGAGCUCUUAAGUUGAUGCUUGUUUAGAGCAUUGCUUCUGUCCUGUCUGAUCCAGUUUGUCCUGUUUGGUCCAGUUGGUUUGCAUAUCAAUAAAUUGAU